ACUGUGCCUAUAAAUGUAUAACAUUAAAAGGUCUUCAUGGUAUGUAUAUAUAUAAGGACCGUACCAUCGUCAACAUUUUUCAUCCUUAACCUUCAUUUCCAUCACAAAUAAUGCCGCAUUUGCUGCACGGGAGGCUCGAUGUGACCAUAUAUGAAGUCGAUACGCUACAAACUUUAAAUGAGUGCAAUUUCAAUCUCUGCUUAAAGGGUACAAGUACAAGUGUGGGGAAGAGAUUUCUGUCCCAACUCAAGAGUUUUCUGUUGUGCCAAUGCCAAUGCCAACCCGAGAUUAUCAGUAUGGGUCUCUAUGCAACGGUUGAUUUAGAUAAGGCAAGGGUUGGAAGGACUAGAAUGAUAAACAAUCGACCCUCCAACCCCAAGUGGUACGAGACCUUUCACAUAUAUUGUGCCCAUUACAUCUCAAACAUUAUAUUCACAGUGAAACAAGAUGACCCAAUUGGAGCAACUCUAAUUGGAAGAGCUUAUGUUCCUGUUGAGCAAGCCAUGAAAGGCAACAUAGUGGAUACAUGGGUCGAUAUAUUAGAUGAGGACCAUAAGCCCAUACCAAGUGGCUCCAAAAUCCACGUCCGUAUGCAAUAUAUUGAUGCUAAGAAUGACAUAACCUGGUCUCGAGGAAUAAGGACUCCAUGGUUUGAAGGAGUUCCUCACACCUUCUUCCGUCAAAAAACUGGUUGCGAAGUUACUUUGUACCAAGAUGCCCAUGUUUCAGAUCGUCACGUGCCAUGGAUCCCUAUAUCCGGAGGAAAUUAUGAGCAUAGGAAAUGUUGGGAAGAUAUUUAUGCUGCCAUUAUGGAUGCUAAGCACUUGAUUUACAUAACUGGCUGGUCUGUUUACACUGAAAUAACCUUGGUUAGAGAUCCAAAUGAGUCAAGAACAAGAAUCACCCUUGGGGAACUACUCAAGCAGAAAGCUGAUGAAGGUGUCACUGUUCUUAUGCUUGUUUGGGAUGACAGAACUUCUGUUCCAGACUUCAAGAAAGAUGGUUUGAUGGCAACCCAUGAUCAAGAAACUGCAGAAUACUUCAAAAACACAAAUGUGCGUUGUGUUUUGUGCCCUCGGAACCCGGAUGAUGGAAGAAGCGUAGUUCAAGGUUUUGAAAUCUCAGCAAUGUUCACUCAUCACCAAAAAACUAUAGUUGUUGAUAGACAACUUGGUGGUGCUGAUGUGGGGAGACGGCAGAGAACAAUCACAAGUUUCCUUGGUGGCAUUGAUCUUUGUGAUGGGAGGUAUGAUACUCAAGAACAUCCUCUAUUUUCAACUUUGAACACAGUCCAUCAUGAUGAUUUCCAUCAGCCAAACUUCCCAGGCGCUUCCAUCAAGAAAGGUGGUCCAAGAGAGCCAUGGCAUGACAUUCACUGCAAGCUAGAAGGACCCAUUGCAUGGGAUGUUUUGUUCAAUUUUCAGCAAAGGUGGGAGAAGCAGGUUGGAAAAAAGUUCCUACUCCCUUCAAGCAUGCUUGAUGAUUAUCUUCUCCCUCAAUCCACUGUGGCAAGGUCGGAUGAAAAUGAAGUAUGGAAUGUUCAGUUAUUCAGAUCCAUUGAUGGUGGUGCUGCUUUUGGCUUCCCUCAAGACCCAGAAGAGGCAGCUGAAUUUGGCCUUGUUAGUGGGAAAGAUAACAUCAUUGACAGAAGCAUUCAGGAUGCUUAUAUAAAUGCUAUUAGGCGUGCAAAGAACUUUAUCUACAUUGAAAAUCAGUAUUUCCUAGGGAGUUCAUAUGGUUGGCAAGCACGUGAUAUUAAAGUUGAGGAUAUUGGUGCUUUGCAUCUUAUACCAAAGGAACUGUCACUGAAGAUCGUUGACAAGAUUGAAGCAGGAGAGAGGUUUUGUGUGUAUAUUGUUAUACCAAUGUGGCCAGAAGGCAUUCCUGAAAGUGCUUCAGUUCAAGCAAUAUUAGACUGGCAAAGGAGAACAAUGGAGAUGAUGUAUUCUGAUAUAGCUGAAGCCAUUCGAAGAAAGCGAAUUGAAGCCAACCCAAGGGACUACUUAACCUUUUUCUGCCUUGGAAAUCGUGAGGGAAAGAAAGAUAAAGAAUACACUCCUCCAGAGGCACCAGAGCCUAAUAGUGAUUAUAGUAGAGCACAACAGUCUAGGAGAUUCAUGAUCUAUGUUCAUGCCAAGAUGAUGAUAGUUGAUGAUGAAUACAUAAUCAUUGGUUCUGCCAACAUAAACCAAAGAUCAAUGGAUGGAGCAAGGGACAGUGAGAUUGCAAUGGGUGGAUUCCAACCAGGUCAUAUAGUAUCAGAAGGGCCACCAAGAGGACAAAUAUAUGGAUUUCGACGUGCACUAUGGUAUGAGCAUCUUGGGGAUCUUCCUGAUACAAGCAUUUUUGACAAUCCACAAAGGUUGGACUGCAUCAGGCUUGUGAAUCAUCUUGCACAGAUCAACUGGGACAAAUACUCUAAUGAAGCUUUUGAUGAAUAUGACACUUUUCACCAUCUCUUGCGCUACCCCGUAGAAGUAACAUACGAUGGAAAAAUAGCAACUCUUCCAGGGUUUGAAUAUUUUCCUGACACCAAGGCUCGGAUUCUUGGUUCCAAAUCAGAUUAUCUUCCUCCAAUUCUCACCACCUAGCUAGUGUUGUGCUCAUCAAAGUAACUGCC